UUGUGUGUGAUAAGCUGAGCUGUGGAGGGACUCUGAUUGACAGGAAAUGGGUGUUGACAGCAGCCCAUUGCUUUCCGAGUGGAGGCUCGCAAAUUGUUCUUGGAGCUCAUUCACUAUGUAGAGAAGAGAGGGGGAAACAGAUCCAUGACAUUACUCAAGUGUUUGUUUACCCAGGCUAUAACAGAAUGACGGUGGAAAAUGACAUUAUGCUUUUGAAGCUUGAGAAAGAUGCCAAGGUGGGAAAAACUGUUCAGUUCAUUAGACUUCCCAGCACUUUUCAUGAUGUCCAGGCAGGAACCCAGUGCCUAGUUGCUGGCUGGGGAAAAACAGAAAAUCGAGAGCUAUCUGAAACCCUGCGUGAAGUUAAUGUCACUGUCGUGGACAGAACUGUCUGCAAUGAUCUGAGUCCUUAUCAAGAUGAGAUAACUGAAAACAUGCUAUGUGCGGGAGAGGAGGAUGGAAGCAAGGAUUCUGCUCAGGGUGACUCUGGUGGUCCUUUGAUAUGUGAUGGGGAACAAAGAGGUAUCGUCUCCUUUGGUAAAAAAGGAUACCCUGGGGUCUAUACUCGUCUUACCAAAGACUACAUCGCAUGGAUAAAGAAAACCAUGGAAGACAACGCAUAGAUGUCAUUUCUUGAUCUCCUUAGUAUAACUUUUUUUGCUUGUUUGUGCAAAAUGCUUACCUCAUUCAUCUCUGUAACUGUGCUAUUCUAUAUGUAGCAACUAGUCUAUGAUUUCCACUUCCACAGAUGGGCAAGAGAGGGAGAAUAUCAUAUCCAAGGCCAGCUGUAGGACUAAAAGACUGAGUUGGACCAUUCCUGUUCUAACAUUCUGUCAAUUAGCUCUAUAAUAACUGGUUGCCUCUAGGACCGUGCAAGGUUGGACAUGGCCCUACAGUAUAUGGGCCAGAUUGGA